GUUGUCGCUCUCUAAGCGCCCGUCUCAGAAGCGCCUGUCUCAGACCCAUGCACCACCGCCAACAUCUCGUGCGUGCGCCGACACAUGCUCCCAUCUCUUAAGGACUCGAGCCCUGCCGCUUGAAAAUGAUUAAUCUGCAGCGUAUAUUCCUCUUCGUCUCGUUUUGUUUGCUAUGUUCUUUUGGUUUUCGUUCCUCCACAUUCUGAGUUUUGUCUCCGCCCUUCCCGCACCUAGCGUAUCAAACCAGACAGAUUCCACCGUCGGAUGGGUAGAAACGCCGCAAGUGCGAGGAACUUUCGAUCUUAUCUUAGCAUGUUUGACCACUUUGGCUCUUUGUGCUUGGACGGCCUAUCACCCAAACGUUCAUGGAUCGCGAAAGUUCUGGCAGCAGACAGCUCACCGACUCCUUUGGAUGACCAUAGCUGUCUUCAUACCCGAGGUCGUGUUAUAUUGUGCUUCAUCGCAGUGGUGGGAAGCCAGGAACCUGCGCAAAGAUAUUAACACGUUGGGCGACGCUGCAUUCUACGAGGAAGGCAAGAGGGAUGGUCAGUUCUUGAGUCGGGAAAGUUGCAUUGCGUGCCGCAGAAACGGAGAGAACAAUGCCACGUCUUCCGCCGCUUCUUCACAAUAUAACCUGACGACGCUGUUUCAAGAAGAUGGAGGAAGCCAAAGAUCUUCCAGCUUGGGGACUAGGGAGAAGCGGAAGCCUUGGACGAUGGAACAGGCGUUCUUUGCUGUUUCCGGAGGUUAUGCGGUGGAUUCUUCAUCUUUCAACCCGCAUCCUCGCCUCACGUUUACGGUUCCAGGGAUACGAUUUCUUGCGCAGAUCGGGUUACUUCCUGAUGACCCUCCAGAAGUGGUUACCGACAAGUCAAAAGCGGACUACGCGGCUAAGAUUCUUGUCUGUCUUCAAGCGGGCUGGUUCUUCGUUCAGUGUAUCGCACGAUUGGUCCAACGACUGCCCUUAACACUACUGGAAGUCCACGUAUUGGCUCACGUUCUCUGCGCCUUUGCAAUGUACCUGCUAUGGAUUCAGAAGCCGUAUGAUGUGGCAGCUCCCAUCUUGUGCAAGAAUGAGAAGAUCUUGGACCUUGCAGCAUUGUUUUCGCUCGCCCUGCCGGAAAAGGGUUCCGGUUUUACUCUUGACGCCUGUCCUUACAACUCUUUCAUCACUCAUGGACAAGUCCACAAUGCCCACGCCGCAUCAGAACCUUAUGCUUCCCAUCGUUAUUAUUUUCGAGGGCUCAUUGAUUUUGUUGGCAGUCCGGUGAAACAUGAGGAGCCCCCUUCGCCGCCGUCAGUACCUCCCAAUGAAAUUGAAUCGGCCCACUUGGAACGAGCGAAUAGAGCUUUACGAUAUCUCAAAUCGCGGGACAUACAUUUCGCGUAUAGUGUCCAGCAACCAACCUACGACCCACAACCACACCCUCAUGCUUACAGACUUGUUCAUCCAACCCCUUUUGUUGUUUCGCAACGCAGCAAUCUGCAGGUUGAGGGUGUCCCUGGCUUACAAAUCUUGGGAGGAGAACCAGCCGCCACCCCUGAGGACGACGAGAGCUAUGAGACUUUCUGCGGUGUGGCAGUAAAAACCGGAGCCGCGCUGAGUAUGCUGUAUGGCGCGCUUCACCUUGCGGCCUGGUCAGCUAAGUUUCCCACUAUAUACGAACAAUGGGCGUGGAGAGCUAGCGGUCUAGUUUUUGCGGCCAUGCCUGUGAUAGGUAUUCCCAUGUCAUAUGUCACCGAUAUCAGCGUGAAGGCCUCUAUGACGAUAGAUAGGAUAAGAUGGAAGGAAGAAGAUGGUGAAGACCAAGUUGGAAAUGAAAGGGAGGAGACAUCGAGUACUCAUACGGGGACUGCUUUUCGAAGGUUCCUGCUCUUAUUCUCGUUGUAUCUGGUCUGGAUCGUUAGCAAUAUUCUUGGUUUCCUUGUCUCCUUGCCCGUAUUUACCUGUUUUCUGGUGUAUCCAAUUGCGCGGGUGUAUGUGCUCGCCGAGGCCUUUGCACAAUUGAGGGCAGUGGAUAGCAAAGUCUACCAGACGGUAGAAUGGUCGGGCUUCGUGCCACAUAUAGGUUGAAUGACGCUUGGUAGCAGGUACUAGCCAAUUUUAC